UCAUACCACUGUCUCUUGAGCCUCUUCUCGGUCGACCUCAGCUCUGAACACAAGAAGAAAAAUGGGUGUGUACGAGGAAGUGAGGGUGGCAGAGUGGUGCAUGUUGACGCCCAGUGAGGAGACGCCGAGGCAUGGCCUGUGGCUUACCCCAAUCGACCUCUCGUGGGCGAGCACAGGCCACACCCCGACCGUGCACUUAUACCGCUCCGACUCCGGUGGUGCCGUCGACGGCUUCUUCGACGUGGCAAGGCUGAAGGUGGCGCUGGCAAAGGCUCUGGUGGCCUUCUACCCCCUGGCCGGCCGUCUCGGCGUCGACACCGGCGGUCGCCCACAGAUUGAUUGCGCCGGCCAGGGCGUACUCUUCGUGGUCGCUCACUCGGCCCUCACCGUUGACGAAUUGAGCAGCUUCCAGCCGUCGCCGGAGCUUAAGAGGCUCUUUGUUCCACGCGUCGAGGAGUACUCGCCGUCCCUCAUGUGCGGCGUCCAGGUGAACUUCUUGAAGUGCGGUGGGGUGGCCUUAGGGGUGGCUAUGCACCACAUCGCCGUCGAUGCCAUCGGCGCGUUCCACUUCUUCCGGACGUGGUCUGCCUUCUGCAGGGACGGCGACGCCGCGGCGACGGCGCUGGAGCGCCCAUGCCACGACCGCACCCUCCUGCGUGCACGCUCCCCGCCCGUCAUCCACUCCGACGCGCUCACCUUGUUCUGCCCCCCAAAGGAGCAACAACCGCCGUCCGAGGAGCCAAAGCCAUCGCCGGGCGCGGUGGCGAACCAGAUCUUCACCCUCUCCAAGGACCAGGUCGCCGCUCUCAAGCGUGCCUGCAGCAGCGGAGCGAGCACCUUCUGUGCUGUGAGCGCCCACGUGUGGCGGUGUGUGUGCGCCGCCCGCCAGCUGCCGCCUGACGCCACGGCGCGACUCAUCUUCCCGGCGAACGUCCGGGGCAGCCUGAGGCCGCCGCUUCCGGACAGCUACUUCGGGAACGGGAUCAUCAUGCUGAGCGUGACGGGCAAGGUGCAGGACAUCACCUCGGGGGAACAGCUGGACUCCGUCGCCUGUCGGAUCAGAGGGGCCAUCCGCCGGAUGGACGAUGAGAUGGUCCGUUCGGCGAUCGACUACAUGGAGAUCGCCGGCAGCCAGAGCCAGACAGAUGCUCCUACGGGGAGCGUCCCGCCGGAGACUGACCUGAGAGUGGUUAGCUGGAAAGGCACGCUAGUGUACGGCACGGAUUUCGGGUGGGGGAAGCCGCUGGUGGUGCUCCGCGCCGAGCAACCGCGUGCCGGGAUCGCCUACCUCAUCGACGGUGCCGACGGCAGCAUGCGCGUCCUCCUGUCCGCGGAACCUGCAACUGUCAACGGUCUCCAGCACCUCCUUUACGCCAACAUUUAACUAUCUUCCCACAUUGUGAUGUAUCAUGUAUGUACUUUCAAAUUUCAAUUGUUAUCGUGCACUUCGUGCGGCAUUACUUGA